AUGCCUCCCAAACAACAGGAAUUCUCUCAAUCCGUCAAGCUCAAGUAUGUGAAACUAGGAUAUCAAUACCUAGUAAACAACAUUCUUACUUUCUUGCUGAUUCCUAUAAUGAUUGCUCUUUUUCUUGAAGCCCUUCGUUCAAAUCCAGAAGAAAUCAUAAGCAUAUGGAACUCGCUCCAUUUCACCCUUGUCCAAAUCAUCUGUUCUUCAUUUCUCAUCAUCUAUACUGCUACCUACUUCCUCAUGUCAAGGCCAAGAACCGUGUAUCUCGUAGAUUAUGCUUUGUUUAAGCCUCCACAAUGCUUUCGAGUCUCCUUUGCAGGUUUUAUGGAACACGCAAGACUGGCAUUACCAACAGAGCCGAAGAGCGUGCAUUUUCAAAUGAAAAUCUUGGAGCGGUCCGGUUUGGGCGAAGAAACCUGUUUGCCUCCAGCCAUACACUAUAUCCCACCAGUUACAACCAUGGAACUUGCAAAAGAGGAAGCUGAACUUGUUAUUUUCUCAUGCAUGGAUUCACUUUUGCAGAAGACAAGAAUUAAGCCAAAAGAUAUAGAUAUACUGGUCGUAAAUUGCAGCCUCUUUUCUCCAACUCCAUCUUUAUCAGCCAUGGUAAUUAACAAAUACAAAUUGAGAAGCAACAUUAAGAGCUUUAACCUAUCAGGAAUGGGAUGUAGUGCAGGUUUAAUAUCUGUAGAUUUAGCCAAGGAUCUUCUUCAAGUUCAUCCCAACUCAAAUGCUGUGGUUAUAAGCACUGAAAUUCUCACACCAAAUUCCUAUCUUGGAAAAGAAAGGGCUAUGCUUCUGCCCAACUGCUUGUUCAGAAUGGGUGGAGCCGCCAUUCUUUUAUCAAACAAGUGGUCCGUAAGUUCACGAGCCAAAUAUCGUUUAGUCCACGUGGUUAGAACCCAUAAAGGUGCAGACGAUAAAGCUUACAAAUGUGUCUCUCAGGAGGAAGAUCCUGACGGUCAUGUGGGGAUAAAUUUGUCCAUAGAUCUCAUGGCAAUAGCUGGGGAGGCCUUAAAGUCUAAUAUCACUACAAUUGGCCCUCUCGUUCUUCCUGCAUCAGAACAACUUCUCUUUCUUUUGGCUCUAGUUGGUAAAAAAGUUUUCAACUCAAAGUUGAAGCCAUAUAUUCCCGACUUCAAGCAGGCCUUUGAGCACUUCUGUAUCCAUGCCGGGGGACGAGCGGUGAUUGAUGAGCUGCAGAAGAACCUCGAUCUCUCAGCCGAGCACGUGGAGGCGUCAAGAAUGACACUGUAUAGGUUUGGGAAUACUUCUUCUUCCUCAUUGUGGUAUGAAUUGAGCUAUAUUGAGGCCAAAGGAAGAAUGAAAAAGGGCGAUCGAAUUUGGCAGAUUGCAUUCGGAAGUGGAUUCAAGUGUAACAGUGCAGUUUGGAAGUGCAAUCGAACCAUAAAGGGUCCACCAGAAGAAGCCUGGGCCGAUUGCAUUCACAAGUACCCAGUACAUAUUCCAGAGGUGGUAAAGCUCUAG